AUGCAAGAGCAUGCAGAUGGAAUCACUUUAUCUGCUAAUGCGAAUUUGGCAGUUUCAAGCAAUGUGCAUCCUGCCGUGGGUGUAGCCGUCGAUAAAAACGGGAAGUGGCGUCGGACCAUGGAGGACGCGCACACAUUCAUUCACGAUUUCGACCAGGUACCUGGUCAAGGGUACUUUGCCAUUUUCGAUGGACAUGCAGGAAAAUUCGCUGCAGAAUGGUGCCGUGACAAUAUGAGCGAUAUCCUUGCUAAGGAACUCCAAGAACACCCAACAAUGGAUGUCCGAGAGGUGAUGAAAAACGCCUUUUUGAAAACCGAUGACCAGCUCGAGAUUGAAUCAAAAAAUGCUGGUGCUCGUAGUGGAUGCACGGCUGUCCUGAGUCUAAUUCGUCUUGAACCAGGGAAUGAUGAUCGGAAGAAGCGUGUCCUGUAUACAGCCAAUGUGGGUGAUGCCCGCUCUGUGCUAUGUCGCGGAGGUAAAGCCAUCCGUCUCACAUAUGAUCACAAGGGAACGGAUCAGUUCGAGACAAAGCGCAUUACGGAAAAGGGUGGAUUCCUACUAAACAACCGCGUGAAUGGUGUUUUGGCUGUGACGCGUUCGCUUGGUGACUUUUCUAUAAAAGAAUUUGUGGUGGGAACACCUUUCACUACCAGUAUUGAUCUGUGUGACGAGGACGAAUUCCUCAUUGUGGCUUGUGAUGGACUAUGGGACGUGGUGAGUGAUCAAGAUGCAGUGGAUCUUGUUUCUCAAUACAUUGAUGCCCAAGAAGCGGCGCAAAAACUGUUGGAGCACGCCCUUGAAAAUUUUAGCACGGACAAUACGUCCGUUAUGAUUGUGAAAUUUCCCAAACGAGCCGAGUAG